AACUAUAUUCGUCUCGUCUGUGAAGCCUCAUUAUAUUUCUGGGCUAAAAACAGUACAAGGAAAAGAGCAGAUCUUCGCAACAAUGGAGCCGUUGUGCUCGCCAUAUUAAGUGUGGCAUCGUUACACAAACUUGUCAUGUGGGUUUCAUCCUCAUGUCACCGAAAUGAUUCGAUUUGAGCGUCGCAGUGUAGCUGUGGGAGAAGAGAGAGAGAGAGAGAGAGAGAGAGAGAGAGAGAGAGAGAGAGAGAGAAUGACAGACAGCACACUCUGGGCCUGGUCAUGUCAUUUGAAGUAGGCCACUUCUAAAAAUAACCCAGACCGCCCAGGAUCCUAGAAAACACGAGCACAGAGGCAAGUUUACUAGAAAACUCAAGGACACUUGCUCAGACUGCAGAAAUGGAUGACCUUGAAGAGGAAGGCAUUAACGACGAGCUGAUUGAGUUUGCCAUCAUGGAGAGCAUUCAAGAUGCCUACAACCUGCGUUGUUCAGUGCCAGCACCCUGGAAACAGCCAAACGCUGAAAACUUGUCAAAGAUAAUGAUGGCUAUAGAAGAAGGUGAUGUAGCUGCACUGCAGGCACUGUCGCGCUGUGUGUCCGCCUUCAGAGAGAGCGACAGCAGGGGCUGGCAGCCUCUGCACGCAGCAGCCGUACAACCAAAGACAGAAAUGCUGCAAGUGGUGCUGCAGGGUAGGAGAGCACACCCGAGUUUGACAGAGGGAUUUAGCUCCAUGUCAGCUCCCUAUAUCUACUCUUUAUUUUCCAUCCUUGCAGUGAUGUUGUCCAUGAACAUGACCCUAGAAGAGCCGACGAAGGACGGGGACACAGCUCUGACCCUGGCAGUGGUGGCUGGCCACGUGGAAAACAUCAAGCUGCUGCUGCACUACGGAGCCUCUCCGCAAAACACAAACGCCAGGAACGAAACUCCUCUGCUCCUCGCAGUGAGACAGAGUUCAUACGACAGUGUUUAUUCCCUCAUCAAGGGCGGGGCCUUUGUGGAACAGCUGUGUCUCACAAAGUGGACAGCAACUCAUGAAGCUGCCAAGUUGGGUUGUCCAGCUAUUCUGAUGCUCCUGCUUCGCCAUGGAGCCACGGUCACUGCCAGAGACGGUCAUGGUGUGACCGCUAUGGGAAUUGCAGCUGAGUACGGCAACACCGCAGCUUUAGAAAUACUCAUACAGCAUGGUGGGGAUGUGAACGCCCAGGCCAGAAACGGGGACACAGUCCUCUAUGAUGCGUCUGGGUCAGGAAACCUGGACUGUGUCAAGCUGCUUCUGCAGCACGGAGCCAACCCAAACGUGGCCAGCUACGCCUGCCAGCUGCCCAUACACAGAGCGGCGUAUGAAGGCCACAUACUAGUCCUGAGAACUCUGAUCGCUGCCACGACGAAGAGAGCCAUCCGUCUCUCAGGCCAGAGCCCUGUCCACUCAGCUGCCGAAGGGGGACAGGCUCAGUGUCUCGAGCUACUCAUCGAGCACGGUUUUGACGUCAACGCCCGGCUAGAUAAACACAUCUCUGAGAACUAUGGCGACCUGAGGAAGACUCCUUUGUACUUCGCUGUUUCCAACGGCGACGUGACCUGCGCUGAGAUGUUGCUGAGGGCCGGAGCGAGAACAGACGUGGACCCUCUGCGGUGCAUCUUGGUUGCCGUGCGGGCUGAGAGGUACGAGUUGGUGAAGCUGCUGCUGUCCUACGGAGCCGAGGUGAACUGCUACUUCCGAGUGAUCAGCGACACGGUGUUCCCCACCGCGCUUCAGUACUGCCUCAGAGACCACGCCAUGUUGCGACUGCUGCUCAACAGCGGCUAUCAGGCUGACAAGUGCUUUCAGUGCUGCCAUGACACAAAUGAAGAUCUGGAUAGUAGCUGGUCUGACCUCCACAGUCAGGCCUACAACUCUUACAGUCAGCCUAAUGUCAUCUCGUUCUGCGAGUUCGUGUCGGUGUCGUGGCUGGCCCACCUGGCAGGUGGCGUUGUCCGGAUUCUUCUGGACUACGUCAGCCACAUCGGCAUCUGCUUCAACCUAAAACGCACCCUGGAGACGACGCCGGAGUGGGAGGAGAUUUCUGCCCUACUGAGCGAGCCGCGCUCCCUGCAGCACUUGUGCCGACUCGUCAUUAGAGGGAGAAUGAACAUCAGGAUGCUGAGCGACCCGGAGGCCAUGGCCGCUUUCACUUUCCCUCCCAGGCUGAUCAGCUACCUGACCUACGGCGAGGACGACUUCUGUGGUGGAGUCUAGUGACGACAAGCUCCCAUCGGACUAGUUAGGAGUUUUGUAUGUGUGCAAUUUAAGCGGUUUUUACAAAAACUGCAAUUUUCUGAAUGUACAUUCUUUAGCACGUUGCAAAACCAGUACAACCGAAAACUGCAUGAGUAGCAAACAAAAUUUGGGUUAUCUGGUGAAUUGGAUCAGACGACUGCAAAGCCAUUAAUUAGAGAAUGCAGUCAGGCCACUAAGCAGACGAAGAAAACUGCAGACAAACAAGAGCAACAGAAUUUGUGGGACAAAUACUUGAUAUAAUAAUGAAUGAGAAAGCUAAAGCACAAAGGUAUUGUUAUUCACAACCAGUAUUUACCUUCUGGCCUUUUCACACAGUAAAUAGAAAUCUGAAAAUGGGGGAUGUAAUAGUAACAUUUUUUAACACCCCCACAGAAAAUUCAGUACAAAUUAAAUGAUAAACAGUAAUAUUUUUUCCCUGUGAAAAUCAAUUUGUUCAAAAUUGAUCAAGAUCACAAAACCCUCAAGAAGCGCAUCUUAAAUUCUAAAAAGUAUCUUUUUAGAUUUCUUUUUAGAAGUUCAACCAUUUUUUAAGCCUCCCUGCUGCAAUUUUUCAUCAAACCUUCCAGUCUCAGAAUAAUCUUUUUGAAUAUUCCUUAAAACAAAAAUAUUUUUUUGACCCAUUAGACCAAAGAAAUGCCUACAAAUGGAUAAAUGUAAUCGAAUAAUACUGAUUCCGCAGGGAGACAGUACUGACCUUAAAGGCUUUAGCUGUCUGUGGUGGUAUGCAUUUUUUGAAAAGGAGUCUCAGUACCAACAUAGGUUCCCCAACAAAGAUUUAGCCUUAUUACUGGUUUAAUCUAGAGGUUCUCCAACAUUAUGAAAAAAAAAUCUUGACUUGGACAUCCCCGAUGCAUGAACCAGAAAUACUUCUGGUUGCUCCGCAUGCUUCAGCCAGGCGUUUUUAACCAAGCUUCUGCCAAAAACCUGAACAGGAAUCCAGAGUCUAUACCGUCCUGUCUUUGAACACAGGUUCUUAGCUUGCUUUAUUAUUUGUUUGCUGGAAAGGACUUUAUAAUUGGUAGAUUAUCAACACGAUGUGCCAGAGUAGGAGUCUGCAACAUUUACGAUUCUAGCAGGUAUUUUACCUUUGCUCCUUCUAAAUUAGUAAAUACAAAAUGCAGUUAUGAAAUGAUGGUUUCAUUAAUUUAGCGGAAAUAGCUAUGCAAACCAACCUGGUGCUAUGUAAACACACACACAAAAAGCAACCUAAUAACUGAUUUUGCCACCCUUGGCAGCACCAACAGCCUUCAGUGAGUCUUGUUCAUCGCUGUGGGGGAAUUUAGGUUGACAUUUCUUUGCAAAAUAGCUUUUUGAGCAUAAACCGCCUAUUUAAAGGUCACACCAAAGCAUUUCCAUCUGGUUAUGUUUUGACCAGGCAACUUUUAAACUUUCCGUCUUUUUUUCAAGCCAUUCUGGGGGGGCGGGGACUAGUUGAUGUGGUUUGGAUCAUUUUGUUGCUGCAGAACUCAAGUGCAUGUGGGUUUGAGGUCACAAAGUGAUAGCGGGAUAUUCUCCAUCUUAGUUUUCGACGAGAGAGCUGAAUUCGUCCUCCUUUUUCCGUUUCUGGAUGUUGGUUCUCACAGUUGUUCCCUGGAGCUUUAGCUAUGGCUUUGUGACCAUUUCUAUGCUGAAGUUUGUCAGAAGCCUCUUAACUUUCCUUGAAUUUCUUUAUUUCCAGUCAUAAUGUUUAGCUUUGUGAAGUCUUUAAGCCUACUUCAUAUUCCCAGACAGGUUAUUUUUUUAGUGUUAUUUAUUUAUCUAUUUAUUCCAAAGGUUAGGUAGAAAUCAGGUCCAUGUUUGGCUUGUAAAACUGAACCAGAACAUGCGACUGAUCACAGUUACUUACUUUAUACCAUGGGGCCGCGUAGGUGGGUGGCUUUGUUCACUUGAUAAUUUGAAAUCUGCACUAAAUAUUUCCUCUAGUUAUCUUUGAUUCCAAAAUGUGUUUCAUGGUCUGAAACAUUUAAGUAUGACAUAGAAGCAAAAGCGAAAUAAAUCAGCUAGGGGGGCAACCAUUUUUCCACAUCACUGUACGUAUAACAGUGUCAUCCCAUAUAAGCCACUGCUUCCCAUGUUUGCUUUGUGAAAUGUUUAUUAUGUAUGCUUACGGCUGCUGAGAAAGCUCAUUGCUGAACCUGUAUACCUUUGUAAGUUUACUUCCAAAUUAAAACUGAAUUAAAAAUUUAA